AUGCGUAAAUCGUCAACAAAUCUUUACAUAUUAUCAUUAUCAAUUGUGAAUACAAUUGUCUUAAUUGGAUAUAUUUUAUUGUACGGUUUAAGAUCACUAUUGUACAAUCAUUGUAAAUUAACGACAAUAUCUUCAACAUCCUAUGAAGUAUUUUAUAUUCUAAUAUUUUGUUAUAUUUAUCCGAUUCAAAUAACGGUUAUGUUAAUAUCAAUUUAUUUAACAGCAUCCGUCGCACUGAAUCGAUUUAUAAUUAUUUGUUUACCAGCUCGAAUGCGAAAAUUUCAUUUAAGAAAAUCAUCAAUAAGUGUUAUUAUUGGAAUAUGUCUGUUUUGUAUAUUAUACUGUUUACCAUUCUGGUUUGAAUUUACUCAUCAUAAAGAACAGACUACAGAUGAUUCGAACUCAAUUCAUCUAACAUUAGUCUUAUCUUCAUUUGGACAAGGUCGAUUAUUCCGAAUAUUAAUGCGUAAGUACUUGUAUCUUAUAUUCGUAUUUUUAUUACCAUUAUUAUUAUUAAUCUCCUGUAAAACAUGUAUUAUUAGACGUUUGAUUAUUCAACGUGCAAAAAAAAGACUCUUAGGAACAAAAACUCAUCAAAAUAACUCGAUUACAUUAUUAUUAUUAUCGAUCGUUGGUAUUUUUUUACUCACACAGUUUCCAUAUUUUUUAUUUAAUCUUCUUUAUGCUGUACGAGGUCCACAAUAUUUAGAAAGGACAAGUGCAAGACUCUAUUUGACUGUGAAUAACCUUUUGUCUGUAAUUAAUGCAUCAUCGGUGUUUGUAUUAUAUUCAUUAUUUGGACAAGAGUUUCGACAUGUACUACGAAUAACAUUUUGUUGUCCAAAAAGUUCUUCGACCAAACAUGAACAUUAUAAUCUAAUAUAG